AUGUCUUCAAAGGCGUACAUUCAAAGUAGCUCUAACUGCAAUAAUCAUUCCUAGCUUUUAUGUUAUGUCGGCGACGAAUAGCGCCAGAAGUCGUUUACACACAACGUAUGUGUUGUUAAACCAACUUAUUUGCUAGCUUAGCGUGUUUGUUUGAACGCCGGGAAUCUGAGACAUUUAAUUUCUUUAUAGUGACAUAAGUGGGUAGUUGUUCUCUUCGGGAUGGACGUGACUACAUGUUUGAAGUCUCUUCUGCUCGCCAUGCAGCAAUAUGGAUGCGGCAGGAGCGCUCACAAUGCCGCACAGCUCCUUAAACAAGUGGAGGAGGUAUCUGCUCUCAGAUGCGACCAGCUGCUGUCCUCAGGCCAGCUUUUACCUAUCGAGUGUCUCCGUGGGCUGGUGGAGCUGACCGGGAACCCAAACACAUGCCCCACCUUGGCGAGCGCCGUCAUCUCCCUGCUGGCACAGCUCGCGUGCGACGAUGACAGCAGAAGGAUGCUUCACAACAGCUUCAACCUCACCAGCAUCAUGGCCUCAGUCAUCCAUCGGCACACCGCCACGCCAGGAGAUCCUCUGGUACUGCAGAGUCUACAGUUGCUGCAGAAGCUGACCUACAGCACCCGCGUCUUCCCGUCCAACAGCUACAUUCACGAGCUCAUCGGCUUCCUCAUGACCAACAUCCACUCCCACAACGACGACAUCAUCAUGCCAUGCCUCGGCCUGAUGGCCAACCUGUGUCGGGACAACCACUCGGUGCAGAGUCACAUCAAGUCACUGGAUAACGUCAAGCCCUUUUAUCGAACGCUCAUCAACUUUCUGGCUCACAACAGCCUCACUGUGGUGGUCUUCACAUUGUCCAUCCUGGCCAGCCUCACUCUCAACGAGAAGGUUGGAGAGAAGCUGUUUGAUGCCAAGAACAUCCACCAGACCUUCCAGCUGGUCUUCAACAUAAUUGUGAACGGCGACGGCACUCUCACUCGGAAGUACUCUGUGGACCUUUUGGUUGAUCUCUUGCAGAACCCUAAAAUUGCUGAUUAUCUCACCCGGUAUCAGCACUUCUCAGCAUGUGUGUCUCAGGUUUUAGGACUGCUGCAGUUAAAAGAUCCUGACUCUGCAGCCAAGGUUUUGGAUCUGCUCCUCGCCAUGUGUGGUGUCUUGGGCCUGCGUCCGCUGCUGUGCCAGGUCCUGUUCAAGCCGGCCGCGCCCAAACUCAGGGCGACGGGUCGUAGGCAGGCGGCGGCGCUUUGCGGAGAACCCAUGGUGGAGCCAGGGCUGGCACUGGUUCAAUGGCUGAGCUCGCCUGUGGAUGGCGCCGAGGGUUGCUCGCUGAAGGCUCUACAGCUGUUGAAGGAGCUGCUGGAGGAGGCACUGGGAGCGGCCUCUGUGUACGAUGGCGUGCGGAGCUUUGUGGAAAUGCUCCUUCCCGUCCUGCUGGGCUUCAUCAAGGGCGUGGACCCCGCCCACGGAGACGCUCACCUGAGACGACACUGCGAGCGCAUCACUCACGUCAGCGGCGUGCUGCUCAUCAUGUGCGCCGAAGACGCCAUGCGGGCUCUGGUGUCCAAGCAGGUGAGCGCCCAACUGUGCCUGUCGCAGGUGGAAAUUCUCCUUGAUGGUUGUCACAGUAACAACCCUCCCGGCUCGGAUAACAACCUCAGUCAAGUGUGUGCCGAGGCUCUGCUGAAGACGUUGGAGUUGAUGAGCAAACUGAGGCAGCAGGUGAAGGACAUGGAGACCAGCUUCUAUCGCACACUUCAGGACCAGAGGAUAGCCACGCCCCUUUCUCGCGCCCUGACCUCUCAUCACAGGGAGCACGUGCAGACCGGCCUUGCUCUCUUGUUAGAGGCCACGCCCCUCCCAGACUUCCCGUCCGUUGUUCUUGGGGAAAGCAUCGCCGCCAACAACGCUUACCGCCAAAGAGAGGCUGAGCUGUCCGUCAAGCGCAUCGCAGUGCAGGACAUCCUUCCUCCUGCUGCUCCUCCUCCUCGGAUGAACACCAGUGGACUGGAGGUGUCCAGCACAUCCAGCAGUGGCGUCCACAGCCUGGUCGAGAAGCUCCACAGUGGCUUGGAGCUGCAGGAGCAGGGGAAGGACGCCCACGUGUCUGACAUCAUUGGCGUUUAUGAACAGAAGCUCGCUACCCUCGCUUCCAAGGAGAGUCGCCUCCAGGACCUGCUGGAAGCGAAGGCUGUGGCGCUGUCCCAGGCUGACCGCCUCAUCGCUCAGUAUCACUUCCAGCGGGCUCAGGCCGAGGCUGAGGCUCGUAAGCUGGCCAGUCUGCUGAAGGAGGCGGAGCGGCGGCGAGAGGAGCUGCAGGGCGAGCUGGGUGGCCAGCUGGAGGAGGUGAAACGCUCCAAGGCCGACAUGGAGGAGCUUCUGCAGCACAACGCACGGCUGCAACAUGACUCAGAGGAGCACCAGGCCCUCAAAGGGAGCUACAACACCCUGCUGAACAGGUUUAACGAGAGCGAGCGGAUCCUUAGAGAGCUUCAGGCAGCUCACACCAGCCUUGCUAAACAGCUCGACACGCUGAGGAAAAACCACGAAGCACUGCAGCUGCAGCACGACAGGACAGCGUCAUUGCUGCAGGAGAGGGAGAAGGAGAUCACGUUGCUGCGUUCAGAUCUGCAGCUGAAGGAGGAUGACAUUGAAGGUUUGCGAGGUGAACUGCGGGCACAUGGGGAGAAAGCUAGGGAGAAGGAGCAGGAGAGGAGGGAGAUGGAGGAGAUGUUGGAUGUUCUGAGAAAGGAACUCAACAAGACGGAGCAGGCCAGGAAGGACGCCAGCAUCAAGGCGUCCUCUCUGGAGCUUCAGAAGAGUCAGCUGGAGGGCAAACUGAAACAGAAGGAGGACGAGCUCAACAAGCACUCGGCCAUGAUCGCCAUGAUCCACAGUCUGAGCAGCGGCAAGAUGAAAAGCGAUGUCAACCUCUCGCUGUGAGACGCACAACAACAACACAAUGGAAAAAUGACAUCAACUUUAUACAUCGCGUGAUGAUUUUUAAAAAACUGGUUCUUUUCUAUGUCCCUAUUUAAAGAACAUUCUUUUUGUAUCUUUCAGUAUUUGAUCAAUAAAUGUGGUUUUGUGUCGUGAGUCAAGGAUUCAAGGAACUUGAUUGUCAGACCAGCACACAUUUGCACAAUUCAGUACCCAAGGUCCCAGAUUUAUCUGAAUCAGUGGCAAAAAAGAGAUCCAUAUACAAAAUAAAAUAUAAGAAAUUAACUAGAACUGUGAUUGUAGACAUUUAAUUUGAGUCUACU